AUGGUUGCGACCCUCGUAACUGCUCAGAAUGUGACUCAGCCCACCAAUAUCCGCUUGGGGACAUGGAACUUACGUUUCGAUUCCAUGCCCGAUAACAUUACCGUCCAAGAAUCCCUCGGUGCACUUCCCGAUCCUUUAGUGCAACCCGCGUUCCUCAAUCUUACGGGCGAACAGCCAUGGAGCACCAGACGGAUCAAGGUCGCCCAGAGGUUGAUUGGCGAAGGUGUCGUAUUGCAAGGUUUUCAGGAAGCGCUGGUCAGGCAGGUGGAUGAUAUGGCGACCUUGCUCGGCGACGAAUGGAACUGGGUGGGUGUCGGCCGUGAUGAUGGAGUGGCCGCUGGUGAAUUCAGUCCCAUCUUUUGGAAAACAUCCGUCUUCGAGCUCCUUUCCAACGAUUCUUUCUGGCUCUCGAACCAACCUUUUGAUGCAGGAUCCAAAUUUCCCGGAGCUGGGUCCGUGCGGAUCUGUACCGCGACGCAUAUGCAAGUGAAAGCUACGGGGAAGGAGUUUGUCUACCUCAAUACGCAUCUGGACGAUCAGUCCGAUGACGAGCGCAUUCUCGGAGCGUCUCUCAUCCUAUGGCGAGCCCGGUUCGAGGCAUCGCAGAACCGCACAGUCCUCGUGACUGGCGACUUCAACAGCCCCGCAAACGACACAGCAGGCCAAACCGACACCGGGGCCUACGAGACCAUCACAGGUGCCAUCCCUCCCGUCGCCAUCAACAGCACCUUCAUGGCCCGUUUCCCCAUCGACAACUCGACCCUCCCGGACUUCAAGAUGCUCGACCUUCGCACCCAGGUCCCUCGGUUCAACGUGUCCGGGAAUUACGCGACGUUCACGGGCUUUAACGCUCCGGAAGACGCGAGCGAGUAUAGUCAUAUUGAUUUUGUAUUUGGAGGGAGUAAUGGAGGGUGGACUGGAUUGGCUCAGAAGGUGGAGACGUCACUCACGGACGAUGGAAUCAUAGCUAGUGAUCACCGUCCCGUCAUCGGAGACAUCAUCCUCUGA